GUUUUCGAAUGCCACGCUUUUCGUAGCGCCUCGUUGUUCGACCGAAUUAGAACUUUUUCCCGUUUAUCGUAACGCUCGUGAAAACCUAGUCGCAUCGGCUUUCCGCUGCGAUUCUUCUUCUGCAACAAAGUCGAUCAAUUUCGAACAAAUUCGAUCGUCAUGCGAACAAAUAGACCUCUCUCUUUCUCUCUCUCUCUCUCUCUCUCUCUCUCUCUCUCUCUCUAGAUGAAAAUAAUCGCAUUUGCAAAUUUCCUUGUCCCGUGACUGAGUUAGCAGUUCCCCGCGAGCCAUAUAAUUAGAUCACUGCGAACGUGACUUUACGUUCUCGCGAGUCACAUCGGGAAAAAGAAGGAUCAUCGGGAGGAGAAAUAGUGGAACAGGGAGAAUGCGAGGGCAUAAAUUCAGGAGCGAGUUGAAGCUUCUUCUUUUCGUUGCGCUGGUGCACAGGAAUCAUCGGUUGACAGUCUGCAUCUUUCUGGCGAGCCUAAUUAUACAACGAAUUUAAUGAAUGAGUGAGCUAGCAAAGACAGUGGCCCAUACAUGAGCAUAUAUAAACCACGGUCAAUGCCGUGUAGCGGCUUUUGUGCGAGAUCAAAGGAGGCAUCUUGCUCGCACUUUGCAGGAUUAACUUGCUGGUGGUGCGUAAACGCGCACUCAGACCCUCGGAAAUGCUCGAGACACUUGGGCGGAUUACGGAUUGCUACGGUUUUUAUCCCAAUGUCGACGCGAGUCUAUCGCGAGGGAAACGCGCGCUCUGCUGCCGCCUAACGAACGAGCUGCGCAAUUUUUGUUUCUCUUUUUACGCAACACGUAGUCCCGAAGGGAAAGAAUAUAGCGAGAUCGUAGAACGAAGCCGCGCUAACUAGCCUGAUCGAUCGAUCUGGCCACGUCUAUAAUCGUACGCAUUCCGCCUUCGUCGCUUUAUUUCAAUAAUUCUCUAUUACAUCGAACGCUUUUAUAUACGUUUUCUAACCACCUGCCUUUCGCGACCACUGUAUAUACUUUGGCUUUGAAUACGUUUACCGCGUACAAAGAAUUUGUUUCAAUGCCGUAGUUGUCCGCUGGUAUACAGAUCCAGUGCGUAGGGUCUGUAAUGAGAAACUUGGACGAACGAGAUGGUGUUCCGAAAACUCUAGCACGUCAAGCAGAAAUAUUAAAAUUCGCCGAUACAGUGUUCGACCAUUGACACGUUUGCAAAGAAAAUGCAAGUUCGUUGCAACCAUUUUGAUUUCAAUAGCGCGCGUCUAUGUUGAAUCUAUGCGUUAGGUAUAAAGACGCUUGUAUUAUUUUAUUUAAGAAUUGACAUUCGACGAAUUGACUACGUACAGCUCUGUGCGAGGCGCAAGAUGCCCGAUACUUUUCAUUUUUAUCGAUCAUCGAGAAUCGUAAACUCUAACCACUGUUUGAUUUUACGAUCUAGUUAUAAUAUCCUUUUGACGAAGAGUACGAGUCUCGUUCGCGAAAGAAAGUCGGGUCGGCCUGUUUUCGCACGGAAACGAGUUUGUUCGUUCCGUCCUGGAGCAUCGUUGCUUACCAAUCGUUCGUCGCACCAAUCGUACGUUCUCGAUCUCUGGUGCACGCGCGGCAUUACGCGCUGCAACCGAAUCGCGAUUCAAAUUUAGCCAACCGCGAACAAUAAUAUUGAUUUCAGCAAGCCGGAAUUUUGCUCUUCCUGGGAUAAACAUCCCGAAGCGCACGUGGCGUCAAUAUGUGCUUUCGUUCUCUCUCGGUGUACGCGAAGGAGAAUUCGUUUCAGGGCCGUUCAGGGAAACACGCGCUACGAUUUCGACGAACAAGGACUCUUUCCUAUUCCUUUUGCCCCUUUCCCAUGCGACCAUAAACCAACGUUUAUCAUUUCAGUUAUUCGACUUUCGCUCAGAGGCAAACUUACGAUCGCGCGUUUCAUAGUGUUUCAACACUUUGGCAAAUGAGAAAAUCGGACGGAUCUUGCAAGGAAUUUUGAGCGACAAACUUCUCGGUGUAACAAUCGGCAUUGCAUUCGGAAACACGCCAUAUAUAUCUAUCAGGACACUGAGAUUAGGUAAGAUAUAAAUACCAAUAUCAGAUGAUAUUGAUAAUGUGUCGAAACGUGACGACUUAGACUGGAUUGAAAGAAUAAAGAAUUGGAGUGGGAUAGAAAGAGAAAGAGAGAGAGAGAAAGAGAGAGAGAGAGAGAGAGAUCGAAAAGCGUGGCAGAUAUAAAAUAAUGAUUUCACCGAUUCCCGGGGGUCCUGUAUCGGAGUUGUGUCGGACACUUGAAAGGAUACGCGGUCCCCUGGAAGAGGGGGCCGCAGGAGACGAUGGGUACCCGACACAUGUAGCCCCCCGGGUGGCGAGCACCGCAACUCUCGGACCCCCAACGGUGACACGAGCUACGUUACAUUCUGCAGCGUCAUCGAGCCGGCACGAUGUCAUCGUGUACCGCGUAAGCUGGUCGCGCGACGCGUCGAUGGGUUCCGAGUUCGAUUUCCUUGCUCCGAACCUUUUGCUUCUAUUCGAGGGGGGAUCUCGCCCGGUCGAGGAAACUCUUUGGUCGCGCGACGAGAGCAUCGUGGCCGGUCGACGACGUGACGACUGGUAAAGACGACGCGUUUCUUCGGAGCGGCCGUGGUCGAGCGCGACCAUCGACGAGAUCGCAUUUGGUGCAUCGCCAGGAAAAUUGCACGCUCCUCCUUGUGACGUCGUUAUUGCCAACAACUGGCCGACCAAUCGGCUUGCUUGCGUGGGAGGAACGAAGAGGGACGUAACGAGAGAAAGAGAGAGGAGCAGAGAAAGGAACGGAGAAGUAGGUGGAACGAGAAGGAACCCGAUUGGUCCUACUCCCGGAGGAUAUCGUGGCCAUAGAGGCUCUCGUCCACGAGGAGAGAGACGAGUCCGAAAUAAACGAUACAGGGAUUUUUGGGGGGGCUGACAGUCGGUGGAGAAUCGAACGUUCGAAUUUGAUUCCAAAGGACCGAAGCAUUUUCCUUGUCGGGUAAAAUGCUGUGAGCGAGAUCGUUGACUUUUUAACGUGUCUUUAACCGGGCAGGACGAUUCAACUCGUCGUUCGAAUCGUCGAUCUCUGGGACCAAAUAAUUCCUUUAUUCGAGAAUCUUCUACCUUUCCACGCGUUAUUACAUUUCAUAUCUGCAAAGAGUAAAACCGACCCAACUUUAUUCGCUCGUCUUCCUUCUCAUCUCUCUCAUCUCGUCAUCGUGGCAAUUUCUUGUUGGAGGAUGACUCGGGCGAUAACAGGUGAAUAAAUAACAAUAAUAAAAAGUUCACGCUGUCUCGUUGUGAAGUAACGACAGAUGUCGUCAGGAGCAAUUCUAAACAGACAGAAAUCUACUAGUUAAGCGUCGUACGUAACUAUAAGAUUUACCUAUGACGAGUCACAUGUACGAUCUUCGAAGUUGCGCAAGCUAAAUGGCUUACCGAUAAAUAUUCCAAAGAGAAUCAUCCGACAAGAUUUAAUCGAUCGAUCGUCUUACAGGAUAAAGUACUAAAUAAUGUUAAACCUACUAGACUUUUCCGAUAUACGUAUCUGCUGAAAUUUAUAGCGACGAACAAAGGUAUCGGCGUAGAUUUCACUUUUCUGCAAGAUCUUGCGUACAUCUGUUCUACACUUACAAUAAGUCAGAAGCGUACGAAUACUUUUGUCUCUUAUAUGCAAUAUCCUAGAAAUGAAAAAGAUAUUCCGGAAAAGGAUAUUCCAGGUAAGAGAAGCAGCUUUGCACAGCGAAAGGUAACGAUCUGGUAUUAAAAGCUGAAUCGAGAGGAGAUCUCUCCUCCGUCGGUCCGUCGUCCAUCGUCGGUCGUCCGUCGACCGUCGGGCAAACCAUCGAGGGUCCCUUUCCCCUCGUCUCGGGCUUCAUCGGUGGGCACGAUCGUAAAGCAACAAGUGUUAGCAGCUCCUCGGCCCGUCGCUCCGCCCCCAACUAGCAGCCGCUGCUGAAGCGAUCGGUGGAAAGUGCCCUGAGGCGAUUCAACCACCUCACUCGAGCGUCGAUCGCGCAAGCAACUAGAAAUCCUCGACCCACACUCAGGCUUUUCGUUCUUGCGUACUUCGUUUCGUUUUCCUUCGAGUACCGAAAGACGAGCGCGAUGUUUAUGGUCGCCGCGCGAUCCUGACACGCGCCACAUACCAUUCGUGCCUCCAUCGAGAGUGAUUACUUUUGUCGACUCUGUCGCGCGAGACGAAGUGACAGGAGUGUCGGCCGCUUGCCCGUGCUCGCAACUACCACGAAAAUCUUCCAACAGGUUCGACACCGAGUGAAAGAAUCGCGAGCCUCGGCGAAUUUUCGCCUACAACCUGUGACGAUCUAUGCAUCGAAUGUAUAUAGUGAAUUUCGUGCACGACAACUCGAAAAGUCUUCGUGGUGGCGUUUAAAGAUCCCUGUGCCAUUAAGAUCGUGGAAACGUGAAUCGGCGGUGGUAGCUGGCGAACAGUAGGAUCUUACGGAAUCGGAAGCGAGCGUCGAUCGCGAGAAGCGAGGCUAUCGGAAGUAUUUCGGCGAUAGAAGAAGUUCCGAGAAGUGACGGCGUAGGAUCGAGGCCGAGAAACCGUGGAAUACGCAGCAUUCAGCUUUGGCUCGUGUGUUCUGGAACGUCGAUCGUUUACAGUUGAAGAGAGAAGGAGAGAGUGUAGCCGAUAGUGGAAGCAGAAGGAAAAAAAGAGUAAAACGGGCCGAUACACAAAGAAGAAGAAGAAGAAGAAGAGAUUAGAAUUGCCGUGGCUCGAGUCACGACGAGAAAAAAGUCGUUGGAAGAUAGGCCGAGACCUCGGCGAGUUGCCGACGGCUUGGCAUGCAUACCCGUUGCGUUUGCUCGGUUCGUAAUCGAGUGCAAAAUUAAUUAAACGUGACAAACGUGCGCGCCGCGCUCCGAUACCAGGCCAUCUCGCGUCGGAGGGAACGAGCCGAACAGAAAAGAAGAGAAAUCACCGACGCAGCUGGAACAGAAGCGCGAGAAACGGAAGUGACGUGUUACCGCUACGAUAAAAUGGUAAUUGCAAUUAAUCGAUGAACCGUCGCUGGGUAACGUGCACGUUCUCCUUCGAACGAUGAACGCUCGUAGCGCGCGAUAAAUCCGUGGAUUCGUCGGACGCGCCAUCGUUUCUCUCCUUGCUUUCGCGACCGAACAAGAUUGAGAGAAGAUGAACGAUAUCAUGGGCGAGGCAUCCGGUUCGAUUUCGUCGAGCGGCGCUGCUGCUAAUUCCGUCAACUCUAACAGCCCUAUCGCGACUAAUAGCAAUGGAAGCAACGGUAACAACAAUAAUGGAAAAGCGUCGGCUGUCGCUGCUACGGUUGCCGCGAAUGGAGGCGAAAGAAUCAGCGCAGCGGUUACCAAAGUUCUUCAGGGAUACGAUUGGACCCUGGUACCUGUCGCUACCAAGGGUUCUGGUGAUAAAAGAGCGGCCCACGUGAAGAGACCUAUGAACGCGUUUAUGGUGUGGGCUCAAGCUGCAAGGAGAAUACUCGCCGAUCAGUACCCGCAGCUUCACAACGCGGAACUGUCCAAAACACUGGGCAAGCUUUGGCGGUUGCUGUCCGACAGCGACAAGAAACCUUUUAUCGAGGAAGCCGAUCGUCUCCGCGUGAUUCACAAGCGCGAGCAUCCGGACUACAAGUACCAACCUCGUCGUCGAAAGCAAAACGGGCCGUCGGGUCGAGAAGGAUCGCCGUCGAGGAACCAAAGCAACGUGACCUUCAACGUGUCCAGGUCGUUGAAGCAAGAGGACACGAGUCCUAGGGGCACACAGGGACCGAACUCGCCUCAGAGCGGAGUUAGUUCUUCUCCUCCGACUACCCCUAAUCAAGGAUUGUCACCCCCGACCCCUCCCACUACCCCGCGCGGACAACAUUACGCGAAUCAGGGAAAUCAGCCGCAGCCAAAUAGUACGAUGUAUCAGCAAGACUUGGCGAUUGGUUCGUCGAGCGAUUCACCGCAUCAACAUCAACCAGGAGUCGACUUCAGGUACAUCGAAGUUGGAGAUGGUUUACCAAUCGAGGAGGGUCAAUUGAACGGUCUUGGGUCUCUGGGCGGCGUCGGUUUGAACCUUCCAUUGAACCUUCAAGAAUGCGAAGUCGAGAGCAACGAGCUGGACCAGUACCUUCGACCUCAGGUGCCGGCGGUACACGUAGCCGCACCAACGACCACCUCCUCUCAAUGGAUAUUCAACAGAUACGAGGAGGAGAUCGAGAGACCGAACAAGCGACACUGCUCGGAGCAACCGAUCGCCGAGACGUCUUGGGAAGACAGAGCGCAGGCGGACAUUGUCAGAUACCACGAGCUUCAGCCACCACUUCCUCCUAUGCAGUACAUAUCCUCUUCCCAUAAUCCACACUAUUCGCACACGACUACGCAGAUGAGCCAUCCGCACGUGUCUACGUCCUACGCGCAAUACCAACGUUACGUACCUGGUAUCGAAACUUGGCCCCAUUACAUGUAGGAACAAAGAGAACAGCGCGAUACGCACGUCAUCGCCCAAUCGACAUUUUUCCGGAGAUUAUUCUUUGGAAACCUAAAUGGUAAAUCGUGUCCCCAUUUACGAACUAACUACAUUAUUAAGUUUUCUCAAGGUUACAUAUUUUAUUGCUGACUUUUCCAAGCGUGUCUGUAUGUGUGUGUGUAUGUGCACGAGCGUGUUUGCCGUAUGCGUAUGGUGCGUACCUAUGUGCGUACGCGUACACUGCGUCCUAUAAUUAUAAAAUCACAGGAACAAUUUCAAUCAAUCGUUUAAAUUUCGACACGUUCUUUUCACGUUCUAAAAAUCGACCAAGUCAAAUAAACGUAAUCGAAUGUUCUAUCGUUAUUGAAUAUCACGCGAAAAGUAGAAAAGUUAUCGUUUGCAGCGGUUACAAAUUGAUAGUAUUUUGUGAUAAUAGUUAUGUGUGGGCAGGUGAAAUUCCGAUCAUGACAAGAGUUAACCACGACAUAUAAGAAUUGAAAAUGUUUAAACGAUGUUAUCAUUACGAUGUAGUGUAGUGUGUUUGUAUGGGUGUGUGCGCGUGUUGCGUUAGCUCGAGAGCGGAAACUGGAUCGCGCGAAGUCCAAUUAAUUAGAAGUUUCCGCGUUUCGAGUUGAACACGUUUCGCGAUCGUUGGACGUUUGGAGGACAUAGAGAUGUUACGGCGCGCACAGCCACGAUCUUACUCCAUGACAUCAUUCCAUGACAGUCGGCCAUUCCAAAGCGCAGAAUUUCAGGCUAAACAAACAGCUCGCUCGAUACGGUGGCCUGCCGCGCGAUCUAAAUAUAAUAAUAAUAUAUAAGGCUCGAAGUGUAAACCGGCCGCUGCGCUGGCGAGUGCGAUUCGGUUGCGUAUCGAAGCUGCCACGCUCUUCAAAUAAACCUGCGAAAUUCGAUCGGUCGUAGUUGGAUCGCCAAAGUCACGCGACAUGGCUGUACCACGUCCACGUGGACGUCCUCUCUGCGAGUUUCGAGUUCGAAGAUGCGUCAGGCAGAGCCGUUGGAUUUCUCGAGAAAGGAACACUUGGUUAAAAUGUCCUAUCUAUCAUUUUGAAAGCGAAGAAAAUCGACAUCUUAUUAUUUCCACGAUGUUUGCUUCUUUUCGUUCGAUUUAAAAUACCUAGGCAUUGUUUCGUAACAGUCUAUAAUUAUUAUACGUAAGUAUACAAAGAGAUAAUGUACUAUUAACGUAGCAAUUAAUUAAACGCUUCAGAUAGUGGCAAAGACGUAGUAGCAGUGACAUACGCUCAACAUAGCCCCGCACAUUGGUACAUUUAGAUUAAUCGAUACGAAAUUACCAGGUGGUCGAAUCCUUGCGAACAGGGAUGCGCAUACUGUUUACGAUAAAACGUCUUAAACGUUAUAAACAAUGAUAUAAUAAUACAAGCAAAGCGUUAUAAACGAAUAAAAUUAUUUGACAAGCAAUUAGGGCGCAUAAAUCAGACUGUUUCUAUAUCUCUGGAAGAGACACAGGGUUUCGUAACCUUACGUAAAAGAUAAAAGAUACGUUUUAAGAGAAUUUCGAGCACAUUAACGUACGUUGAAAAAUGAAAAAAAAAAAGCUAGAUAAGACAUUUUAACCGACGAUGAAUCGAGAAGAGGGAAAAGUUGCAAGUUCGAUGGGUUCGUGUCGAGCGAUGAUCGACGAGACAAGGAUCGAAGCACGCGAUCGUCGCGGUAAUUAACGCAGGUAUUAACGCCGUAUUCGUUAUGCUACCCCGAUAGCCGUGCUUUUGUACUUACAUUUAUCGUUAGACAUACAUAUGUAUUUAUCGCGCCGCCUAUAAGAAGCGCGAAAAGCGUAGAGCGUGUAGAAACAUUUGACGCGCGAGCGUUCGAAAAGUUAAUUUAUAAGUACGACGGUAUAUUCUAAGGUUUGUCGGAAUAAAGAAAAGAAAAAAAGAAA